AUGGCCGAAGGAAAUCCACAGAAAGAUGGACGCAGAGUGCUUAUCAUCGGAGCCGUCGGAAGAGUCACUGAUGAGACUUUCUCAGGCUCAGCAGGACUACUCAGUGCACACGCGCUGCAAAUGCAAGGCGCUCAAGUCACGGUCUACGAACAAGAUCCCUCGCCCGACAGCCGGCCACGAGAUUGGAAUUUUGGCAUUUACUGGGCUCAAGUGCCGCUCCAAGACUGCCUUCCACCACACCUCCAAAAGGAGGUUGAAAAUGCCCAGGUCGACGAGCAUCGUGCAGGUGAUGACGAAGUCAUGCCCAUCCGCAACGGCGAGACCGGCGAGCUGCUCAAAGCAGUCCCCAUCCUGUAUAACAUCCGUCUCGCGAGGAAGCGCCUCCUGCGACUUAUAUCCCAAGGCCUGGAUGUCCAAUACGGCAAGACGUUGAGGUCUGUCUCAUCAGACGGUCAUCAUGCAACCGCAACCUUCGUGGACGGCACAUUCGCAACAGCCGAUCUGCUCAUCGGCGCUGAAGGCGCACAUUCCAAGGUCAGAGACUUCCUCGUCGGUCCAGUAAACUCGGCAUUAAACCCACUCCCCCUCGUGGCCAGCGUCACUAUCGCCAAGCUCCCGAAGUCUGCAGCCCUCAAAUUCAAAGAGUACGCUUCCCGACUAAUGGUCAUCUUCCAUCCCCUGGGCUACUUCAACUGGAUCGGCCUACACGACGCCAAUGCACCACUUGAGCCAGGGGACUGGACGUUCAUGAUGAUCUCGUCCUGGAACUCACCUGUCGAGGAAGAUGUGUCGAAACUUCGGGAUGGUGGCAGUGAAGCGAUCCUGGAAGACCUCAAACGCCGUGCAGAGCCCUUCGAGGAGGGCAUUCGCGAGUUGUGGCGCUCUAUACCGGAGGGAACGAAAUGCUGGCAUAAUCGUUUGAGCGAAUGGAUCCCUCCUGAGGCCGGAUGGGACAAUCGCAACGGCACAGUCACCCUGGUGGGGGACGCCGCACAUCCGAUGACUUUUCACCGCGGUCAAGGCCUCAACAACGCCAUCCACGACGUUGCUUCUCUUGCUCGCCAUAUCCAAUCUCAAGGGUUCACUGCCGCUGCCCUUGACGCUUAUGAAAAGGAGAUUAUUCCGAGAGCGAGGGAGGCUGUCAAGGGCUCGACGGAGAACAGUCUCUCUGUGCAUGACUGGAGCAAAUUGGUACAGUCUCCGUUGUUCACGACAGGACUGAAGCAGAAGUAG